AUGGCCGAUAUCGAUGACGAGCUUCUCGCCCUCGCGGGUGGAGAUUCCGAUGAUGAGGGCUCUGGCAACGAGAGCAGGGACGUUUCGGCGUCGCCGCCGCCUGCCAAGAGAGGUGGCUCGAAGAAGGGAUCGGGAAAGAAGUCGGGGCGAGGAGGCGACGACUCUGAAGAGGAAGGCGAAGCAUACUCUGGACCCGGUACCCCGAACUCUCUCGAAUCCGCACCGAUGGACGAAUCCGACUCUGACGCCGAGCCGUCGCGAAACCGAGCUGCUGCUGCGGACGACGAUGAUGACGACAAGUACCCCGUCGAGGGCAUGUACGUGAGCCAGGCGGAGAAGGCCGAAAUCAUGGCCAUGCGGGAAGUCGAACGAGAGCAGAUUAUCGCUGAGCGUAUGAUGGAAAUCGAGCGCCAACGCCAGAAUCGCCUACUUCGUCAGAUGAUUAGCAGCGUCGAGAAUGAGGAGCGCACGCAGGGUAAGAAGAAGCGCAACGCCGACACGGCUGAGCUUGAGGGUGGUGAGGGGAAAGCAUCACGGCAACGCACAGGCGAUAAGGGAGAGUCUCACGGGGACUCUCAUCGCGGAUCAGCAAUGGAUUCCCUGCGCCGAGCGAGGGCAGAAAAGGCACGUCGGCGAGAGGAUCACGAGAGACGCAAGGAUGCCUACUCUCCACGCGAUCGCGACUCUGAUCGCCAGGACAGCGACGACGACUUUGGCCACAGACGCUCACCCACGCCCGAAGCCGACGAACCUCGUGACCAGCCGCCAGCUGAACUACGGGAUUACGACCGAGUACGAUUGGGACGAAACGAGUUCGCCCAGGUCUGCUUCACGCCUGGUUUCGAACAUGCCAUCACGGGAUGCUAUAUCCGCAUCGCUCUUGGACCACACCCUGAAACCGGGAUUGAACAGUACCGCAUGGCGUUGAUCAAGGGUUUCACUACCAGCCGGCCAUACGCUCUCAACGGACCCAACGGUACCUUCGUGACGGAUCAGUACGUAAAGGCAGCCCAUGGAAAGGCGAUCAAAGAGUUCCCCUUCAUCGCUGCCUCGAGCGGAAAGUUCACAGAUGCCGAGCUCAACCGAUACAAAGUUACCUGUCACAAUGAAGGUGUAACGCUGCCUACAAAAGCCUAUCUCCUCGAUAAGAUCGACGAGAUCAACAAGCUGAUCAACCACUCGUGGACGAGCGAAGAGAUCAAGGGCCGGCUAAAGAGGAUCAAGGACUUGAAGCGGCGGUUUGACCCAGCAGAACGAGAACGUGUGGCCCGAAUCCUUGAGGAGGCUCGAGAGCGUGGUGACGACGCAAAGGUUGAAGAGCUCCAAGAGGAACUCGACAAGCUUGGUACGCAGCGCCUGGCGUUUAGAACAAGCCUGGGGCCGUCCAAGCUCUCCGAGACUCCCAAGGGACAGUCAGAACAAGACCGGUUGGCUGAGCGCAACCGAGAGAACCGACGUCUCAAUGCCGAGGCAGUACGAAAGGCUCAGUUGAAGGAGAAGGCGAAGUCGCGCGAGAUUGAGAUGGCCAUUAAGCGUGGCGAGGCGUAUCAAGGCGACAUGUCACGACGACUGAGGACAAAGGCCAAGUUCGUCUACGACGUCAACGAGUCGGUGGACAAGAAGCCGGCGGCCAACGGAAGCGGCGCCAGCACACCAGGAACAAGCACACCCAAGCCAGCAGCCAAGUCUCAACUAUCAUCACACUUGGCCAAGUUGCAAGAGGAAAAGUACCAGGAGAAGAAGGGCAUCCCAACGAUCCACAAGCCCCUGAUGGACGACGAUGUGAUCGGGUCGCUGGACCUGGACAUUGACGUCGAGAUUUGA